AUGACAGAUUACAUACGAACAUCUGCUCGAGAAUUUUCAAAUCUUCAAGUUGGUUCACUCAACGAUGGUGAUAGUUUCGAUACCGAUCGUUUAAGUGGCUCAAUGCAGUAUGAUGAUGAAGACGAAGAGCAACAAGACGUUCAUAUAAACGAUGAUUUCGUUGAGCAGACCAGAGGACAGUCAACAUCGAGAAACGAUGACAGGAGGUCACGAAAAAAAGAAGAAGAAAAUGAAAAACGUUUGCAACGCCAACGGGAAAAAGAUGAAAAGAAAGUACGCAAACAAGAAGAGAAAGAACGUAAAAAAAGUCAAAGCCGAACACGAUCCACCACUGAACGCAAUUCGAAUCCAAAUAGAUUUCAAACAAAAAUCAUUUUUCUCGACGGUUCGGAAGAAUUUGUCGACAUUGGAAAAGACGAUAUGGGUAAAGUCUUAUUUACAAAAGCCUGUGAAUUGAUGCACUUGGAGGAGAAAGAUUAUUUUGGAUUAACGUUUCUAAACAAUGAAAAAUGUCGAGCUUGGCUGGAUAAUGAUAAACGCGUACGAAGUCAAUUGAAAGGUGUGGAACCAAUAUUUUAUUUAAAAGUGAAAUUUUAUCCACCGGAACCCGCGUUACUUCAAGAGGAUCUAACCCGAUAUCAAUUAUGUCUUCAAAUACGGCAAGAUAUUCUUUCUGGAAGAUUACCAUGUUCAUUCGUCACGUAUGCUCUAUUGGGUUCAUAUACUGCACAGGCAGAAUUGGGCGAUUUUAAUGAAUAUGAUCAUGGUACAACUGUAGAUUACUUGAGAGAUCUGCCAUUUGCACCUGUACCAGAUGAAGAAUUAUUACGCCGUAUACACGAUCAGCAUAAACGACAUACUGGACAACCACCAAGUGCAGCUGAUUUACAUUUUCUUGAAAAUGCUAAGAAAUUAGCAAUGUAUGGUGUUGAUAUCCAUCCAGCACAGGAUUCGGAAAAUGUUGAUAUCAAUAUUGGUGUCUCUGCAAAUGGUUUAUUGAUCUAUCGUGAUAAAUUACGUAUCAACCGUUUCGCUUGGCCAAAAAUUCUGAAAAUCUCUUAUAAGCGACGAUAUUUUUUUAUCAAACUUCGUCCAGGCGACUUCGAUCGAUAUGAGAGUACGAUUGGUUUCAAAUUACCUUCGUAUCGUGCAGCUAAAUCUCUAUGGAAAAUCGCUGUUGAACAUCACGCUUUCUUUCGUCUUCGUCGACCAGAAGAACUACGCAAACGACCUAUUCUUCCACGACUCAAUUCAACCUUUCGUUAUACAGGAACAUAUACGUACCAUCAAGCUCGACAAUUAUUGCUCGAUCGACCAAAUCCAGAUUUCGAACGGUCAUUAAGUAAACGGAUGACGAAGAGUCUCGAUGUUUUAAACAAUUCUAAUAGCACAGCCGACGGCGAAGUUACACGUCCAAGUCGACCUAUUGUUCAACGACCAAUGCCACGACCGCAGAGUGUCGAACCAUUCUUUGCGACUCAUCAAGUGCAAAUACCAGCUAACAACGAAGAAGAAGUACCACGGCGACCCAUUCUGAAAGAUCCUGAAUAUGCACAUGUGAAAAAGAGACCAGAUCGCGAGCCAAUUCAACGACCGCCGAUCAUACCACCAAGAGCUCCACAGUUCUCGAAAUUGCCCGAAACGAAACCAAAUCGACCACCACCUCUACCAGCUUAUGUUAAUGUUCCGCCUGAGCCACCAGCUCGUCCGCCUGCACCACGCGAACCAUCACCAACGAUGGAUCCCGAUGAAGCACUUCUUGCAGCUAUUCGUCUAGCAACUGAUCUGGAUCCGAACAAGCAAGCCGACCAAGUAGUUAUGAACAACAGUUAA